AUAAAUACUGCAAAACGCGAUUUUACAUAAGAAUCAAGAGUAAACAGAAAAUUAAAUAAAAGUGAAAUGUAGUCGAAUUUUAGAGACGAAUACUCAAACGUAAUACUAGAGCAUUCUAUGAAAUUUUUAUAUUUUAAUAAUGUUUUGAGCUAUAACCUAUACAUCCUUAAUUUCGAUCUUCUUCCAACCGGUUUCAUGUCCCGCACAAAAAAGCGGAAAAUCGGGGAAAAGAUGAAUGGCGAGUUAAAUUACGGCUAAGGUUAAUCGACGUGGUGAAAACUGCUCGUUAACCGUUUUUUUUUUUUAUUGUCCAGGAUAAUGCCUGCAGGAAGCGUAAGUUGACGUCGAAACUCGCAAAGCCUCGCUCGACACGCCGUGACGGAAGAGCAUCCUUAGAAAGCAAGACCGCCGUCCGCGCACGUCGACACACGUGAUUUAGCGGGAAAAGUUCGCGGAUCGUGCGGCACGAAGCGAAUCGGCAUUACCUUUCUCCGCUAAACUCUCUAUCGGUUGCGAACGAUUGGAAGGAAAUCCGCGGCUAAAUAAUCGCCUACCUGUCUAGCACAUGUUAAAAGGAAGCUCUAUGGUUUUCUUUUUUUCUCUCUCUCUCUAUCUCUUUCUCUCUUCUGCCGGGUGUAUGCUGCGCGUCUGACUCCCAUCUCGCGGCACAGGUUGCGCCGAGUAGCGGUAUGCAGGACAGUAGGUCGCCGUCUCAGUAGCGGUAGACCGGCAGUCCCCUUCUUCUCUUUUCUUCUUUUUUUUUCUACUUCUCGCUCCUCCCUGUCCUCCCAACCAGGUGGAGCAUAUCUUUUCCGAACGACUGCUCGCGACUGUCCUUCUUCCUUCCUCACGAGAAGCCGUACGGUCGCGUGCUCAUUAAAGCAUGUUACUCUGGCUCUCUUUAGCGGAUUAACAAUGUUAUCAAAACGUUCUCCGCGUACACGGAAGAAUAACAAUUUUCAUAAUGUCCGGACAAAAGAACGGAGUGAUGUUCUCUCGUAUGAAAAGGUACAGAGAGUACUUUCGCGUCAUCAUCCCGGCGCAGCUGCUUUAUGCUGAUUCGUAUUUGAAGUCAUUUGUCUCCCGCAGCCAGCCGCUUCUCGCUUCUCUUCCGCUUCCUUUGACUACAUCAGCGCCGAGAGGAUUCCCUCUUCCGGUAUUCGCAAGUUCACAGAUAUCAGCGUGUAGAACAGAUGGCUUCUGUUCAGCCUCCGCUCGAAGUAUCUACCUGUCUGUCUACGUGCUCUUUCGUUCUUCCUGUCGCUUUCUUUCUCGCUCACGCACUCAUUCACAGACUCAUUCGUUUGUGUUCUUUCGCUUUAUGAUCUCUCUUUCUCUCUUUCUGUCUCGCUCCUUCUUUCACUCUUUCUCCGACCGCCUCUUCUCUCAUCCUACAUUCUGUUUCACUCCCCGUCCCCCCUUUAUAUCUCACGUGCUUGAUGAUCUCGCAAGAGUCGUUCGGUCCUCACGAGAACCUCCACUCUUCUUCCACCACCAAACGCCGAACCGGGACUUCACGUAUCCCCGAAGACGGACGGCGACUUAUUCGCAUUCGGGACCGACAUGUCGCAUCAUCCGAAAUUCGCCAGCAAAAACACGCAUCGCCGUCGCAAACCCGGCGAGCACUGGUCUUGAGUAAGUGCGAAUUACGUGUUCGAUUUCGCGUAACGAGUCCGCGAUACUGUGAACGUGUGCUCGCUGUGAAAAUCUCGGAUCGUACGAUCCGAGAUCGUUCUAAAGUUAAGGUGGCCCUUCGCAGAAAAAAAUUGAUCCUCGGAAGAAAAUUUAUCCGCAGUGUGGAUAUUUCGGAUACCAAGGAUGAGAAAAUGAUUUCUGUUGCUGUCACGAUACUUUCGUCCAGCUUGAGUCGCGCAGAAGUGGGCCGGUCAGCCCCGAGGCUGUAGGCCAGUUCGUAUUAAGCACUUGAGGACCAGACGGAAGGAAAUUCGUGAGGCAGAGACGAGUCGAAAGAGCGAGGGAGAAGGAAGCGGAUUUUGCUAGAGGGAAGAAAAGAAAGCCGAAAGAUUAACCGGCCCCGGGCAUCUUAUAAAAAAAAAAAAAAAACGAGUCUUAAAAGAGAAAUAGGGAGAAAGAGAGAGAUCGUUCUAAAAAUCGAUCACCACUUGUGCGGGCUGCAAAGAUAAUUGCGUGACGAUAAUGAGACUGACUUAGAGGUAUCUCGUAGAUGCCGAACGGAGAUCAUGAUUCAACAAGUGAGGAAACGAGGUUGAGAGACUCGGCGAGCACAAAAGCGUCUGCGAAUCAAGAAUGAAAUGUUCCUGCCGGCUGUUUCUGAGCGGAGAAUUGCAAAGUGAAGUCCGCGUGGCAGAGAACAGCGGUUAGAAAAUUAGACGCCGGUCUGCAGCCGGUCCUCGAGGCAGCUUACGUUUCUGCUGGCGACCAGACGUGCGGAAAAUCGCGAGGGAGAGAAAAGAAGGGACUAACCUCGUCAAGGGCGAAGUCAAGUCAAAGCGAAGAAAAACGAGGGGUCGAACGAGAGUAAUCAGCACGCGCCGUUCUAAUGGAUACCAUUAUAAAAGGAGUCGAUUUUUAAAUAUUUUAUUCUGCCCUCAUCGAAGACGUUUCAUUCGGACGUCUGUCGCGAAGCAUAAAAAAAAAGAAAAUUGGUUUUAGAAAAUUUAGAUGUUGUAUAUCAGAGAGAAAUUUUAUUCAUCUGGUAAUCACGGAGAUCAAUCUGCAGAGAACGAGAAAGCUAAACCGAUUAAACGCGUGCUAAUCAAAUCAACGUGCAGAGCAUACGAGUGGAACGCGCGAAAUUAAGGAAUAAUAUUUAUGUAGAAACGAAGAUAUUGAUUCAAACGAGAAAAGCGUUACUGGAGAAAUUACAUUUAGAUGUUUGCUUAAGAGAAAUUGACCACGCAGCCUACCUACGAGGAACCUGUUCUCUCGCGGUGCAAACAAAAGAAUAAUCACAGAAGUCACUCUCCUAAUGAACAAAGAGAAAUACUUAUAGGAUUGAAGUUUUAAUUAGCAUCAUUGAUUGAAUUAAUUAACGUCACUCAUACAAUGAGAUACUUACGUAAUAAAUCACAAUCGAAUAAACGUCCGUCGUAAAACACUUAAAAUCUGUUUGAGUGACAGAAGCUGCCGAAGGGUGAGCAAGGGUACGCAAAUAAAUUGACAAAGACAUCAUUGCGACGGACUGAUCCUCAAAUACAUCGUAAAAAGUAUCAAUUUGAGAGGGAAUACGCGUGAGGUGGGACGACGACCCAGGAUUCGCGGAGAUGCGUGGCUGAUAGGUCAAAGAUCGCAUCGAGGACAGAGAGAAAGGACCGUGAAAGUUACGAAGCGGAGGUAGAAGAAAAGCCGAGCUGAGAAGUGGAUGUCUCUCUCGGAGUGGUGUGUCCCGGAGUCGGUGGGACCGUCAUAAAGGCGAUUCUCGAGUGGCGUUUCCAACCCUCCGUCUCGUGAGAGGAAUAAAUAAAUACGGGGUUCAGGCGCCUACGCAUCGAAGGGAGAUAGGCGUCAGGAAAGAAAAAGGCGGCAAAGUGGACGAAGAUGAGCAGGCAAAGUGUACCACCCCCGAGCAUCAAUUCCUGCGAGAGAAUCAGGCCGGAGCGACCCAGAAAUACGAUACAGAGGCUGGUAUGGGGUCCCGGAACGCAGUUCCAGGUCGGCCAUAUCGGCAUCCCGGAAGAUGAGGGCUCAAAUCCACGGAUGGCGCUGAGAAGACUAUUGAGAUUGUACGAGGGCAGACAAUACAGGGAAGCAGCUGGCUUUCUGAUGAAGCUGCCGCAUUAUACCUUAAAAGCUGCAUUACCGGAUAUUCCGGUAGACCUGUUGAUCGAAACGUUACCUCACAGCCUCACCUUGCUGGAGGCGCUCUAUUCCCGAUUGGUAGAACUAAACGUCAGCGACACGAAGAUCCUGCGAAUCGAGCAGGUCCUAUGGAGGAUAGUACACCUGAUAUCGACCAGUCAAGACCAUUUCCGACCGCGGAUCUGGUGUAAACUUCUCGUGUCAUUGAACAGAUUAUCGCCCAACACGAAGAACACGCUGUUAUCAAGAAGACGUGCCCUAGAGAGAGCUGUAGAAGGACUCGGCAAGCAUGGAUUAGUGCCUUCCUCGCAGACGAACAUCUCAGAGAAUUCUAUUACACCGAAUCUAGUACCAUUGCCGAUGGCACUGAAAGAGGAGCUUGAGACGCGGACGGAAGCAUACAAAUUAGCGUUGCACAAGAUUGAGAACUUUGGCAAGCACUCUGGAACCAAUAAAGCGGAUCAAGGUGUACAGGCAGCUUCGCAUCAGCGGCAGCUUUCCCUGAAGUACAGCGAGAUCCAGCAGCGGCUGAUCGAUAAUCAGAGCCUGCUGAACACCCUGGAGAAAGCGGGCGGACCGUGUAACUUGGAGAAUCUACUAGCGGAGCUGAAGCGCCGGGUCGAGCAGGAUAAGGAGGCGCUCCGGCAAUGGACGGCCUUGAGGAAAUCGACCUCCGGACCGACGAACGCGAAGAAUCCAGCUCUCGCCGCCAGAUUGUUGCAAUUUUCGAGGGGUUGCGCGCUCGCUCUGCAGUUCAUGAGCGAAGAUAAUCCACAGGUUUUCCAUCUGGAUGAAAAUCUCGAUGAUUACGAGGAGGAGUCCAGCAGCGCUGGCUAUCACACCGACGAGAGUUGCAGCCCGACUCCGGAGCCAGUUGUAACGGGUAGCAACUGCGAGGUACUGAGCGUGGAAGACAAUUGCUCCGAUUUAACCUCGGCAAAUAUCACAGUGGAACAACUCGCCGAGAGGUACGGCGCUCUCUAUGCUCAGGCCAACUUGCAUACCCUGGAUGCCUUGGACGCACUGGAGUCUCUCAAGAACGCCCCUGAUUUAAAAGCGAAGAUUCUCUACUCGGUAGUAGUGCUCUCGUGGCGCGUAGCCGGCAUGGUCCAGACGUCAAGGCGCCUGGAAGCCUUGAAGAUCCUGAACGGCGCGAUCGCGGCCCAGACGACAACGGCGACUCCGGACCUUGAGGAAUGCAUAAAAAGGCAGUUGGCCACUUCCGGGGCGCAGACCGGUUCCCGUGAGGUCGCCGAGCAGGUGGUCAGCCAGUUGGAGAGGACAUUGUACGACUUUCCGUGUCUGCGUGGCUGCGCCGAGGUCAAGAGUUACGCCACCGCGUGCUCCACUUUGGCCUGGGCGUGCCUGGCACGAUCCACACCGCUGGUGCUCGACGCAGCGCAAAGUCUGGAGUUCCGCAGAGAGGUCCACGUAAGGCAUCACGCCUCACCGAAUCCUCACGGGACCAGGAUCAGAGCGGUCCUGUGGCCAGGACUUCGAGAGGGUUGCCAAGGUCCCUGCCUUCACAGAGCUGUCGUGCUAACUUGUUGAAACACUGCGUUUUUUUUCUAAAACGAGUAAAAUAAGUAAAAGGGGGGAUGCAGAGUUGUUUUUGAAAAACAUGUUUAUGAAAUAAUUCAUAAAUAUGAAAUUUUUAAAGACAUAAAGACAUAUACUCCACUGAGUUCAUCGGGCUUAUCAAAUAAAACUGCAAUGAUUUUCUAAUGAUUUAAUUAAGUGUAAAUUAAUAAUAAAAUAUUUAAUAGUCACAGAAAAAUGUAUCAUCUCAAAAUGCUACAUUAGAAUAUAUUUUGAAGAAAAGUUUCAAAUAAAAGAAAAAAUUUGCACAAUAUGUAAUUAUAAAAUAUAGCAUAAUACAAAUAUUUUCAUCUGUGCAUUUAUCAAUUUGAACAUGAAACAUAUAAAUGUCUUUCUGCAAAGCUUUUAGAAAUGCAAUUGUAAUUUGACAAUGAACGGAGAGAAAUGUACGAAGUUUAACCCGCUAAUUAAACCUGCAAUGAAAGACGAAGGCAAUCCCGUAUGCAUCGCAGCGUGCUCCAAUUUCAUUCGCACUUAUGAUAUGCAUUCUACACCGUUGACACUUGACGCCACAACCGGACCUUAAAUCUCAGAAACGUAUCUCGGGCAUGUUGCUCGUGGCUCCGUUGACCGCAGAAUCAAGCGCUCAGAGUAGUGUGACGUGUUGCGGUGUAUUGCCACGUUCUUGUUUACACGGGUCUUAUUUAUAUUGUAUUGUGUAAAGAAAACGGAAGGUUGACAUUGAACAUAUCAAUCAAUACGAAUGAUUAAAAAAAAAAAAGACAAACAAAAAAUAAUUAUUUAUGUAAUAUGUUUGUAAAACUAUGUAUAAACAAAAAAUGUGCAUAUUUUUCUAAUUUAAAAAGAAAUCAAUUCAUAAGAUUCAUAUUCACACAAAACAUCUAUGAUUUCUCCGAUAACUGCUGUACCUGUAAAAAUAUUUAUCUUUUCGAUUUAACAACUUUUUAUAACAAUAUUUUAAGAAAAGAAAUUUGUUAAUUUGACUACUUAUUUGUUGGCUUCUCGAAUGCAGAUUGCACAGGCGCACCUAUCUGUUACAAUCAAAAUAUAAUUAUAGAAUAUAAUAUAAUAAUAAUAAAAAAUAAAUGGACAAUUAAAUUGGUAUAACACUAAGAAUAUUAACAUGUUAUUUAUAUCUAAGGGAUUUUAAUGCUCAAUGUAUGAAAAUUAUAUAUUUAAUUAUAAUACUAACAAUAGUCGACAUGAUAUCUUAAUAAUCGAUCUACUUUAUAAUUAUAACAAAACUACUGCAUUACUUUAGUCAUUAUGUACUUAUAUUAAAAUCAUGUACAUUAACAAUAAAAAUGUUAAUAAAAAUGUUUAACGAAACGU